CCGGUGUCAUGCACGGCCGAAUGAGGCUCCGCGCCUCGUACGGGCAGCUGCUGGCGACAUCCGGACAGCAGGAGUGACUCCGGCACGCGUGGGUGGCCGUCGCCUGACCGACGAUGAGGAGGCGUUGCUUGCGCAUCGAGGCUGAGCUCCGCAAGAGAUGCCCCAAAGAGGAUUGUGAGUCCAUCGAUCAUCAAUUACCCUCCAAGCUGAGCAAAGUGGCUCGGACCGAAGCUUGGCGAGGGCGCGAAGGACGAGCUGUCCUCUUGACGGCUCCUUCCUGGCGACGAGUUGUGGUUCUAUUGCUCGGAUGUUCAUACGCGACGCACCCUCGGAAAUGCCCACGCCACAUCUUCGUGAGCAUCCCAGGCCAGGGGACUCAACAAGACUCCAGUAUGCUGCGACUCCCGCCGUCAAAAUAUUCCAAUCACCGCAUUCGCAGUCAAGAGGUCUGUUUGCACCUCGGGCAGAAGUUCAGCACCAAGCGACGAGGGCAUGCAAAUCCACGUACUUGGAGCGUCCGAAAAUCCGGGUUCCUGAGUACCUUGGCGCCGUAGCAGGCUAUUUGGGUGGACAUCAUUUACCUCUGCCUGACUGGCAGUUCCGGUCAAGAGACGGGCCUUCCCAGCAUGUGAAAAGGCUCCACAGCGACGGGAGUCAACGACGUUGUAUACGCAAAAUGCAGAUCCCCGCCGUCAGGUGAAUGCGGGCCCGGAUGCUUCGCCAGCG